GGUCUCGUGGUGAAAGACGUUUUUUUUUUCUCAUCUCGCGAGACUAGUCGACUUCUCUUACGUGCAACGUGCAGGGAUAGGAAUCAAUUGACCUAAAGCACCGAGCUGAAACGAUUGCCCGAACUUUCCUAUAACAAAACUCAGAGGCAAGGUCUACUGGUGUUCUUCCUUAAGAAUGCAUUCUUCCAGGUCGGUCCGUAUUGGGAAAAACUGUGCCCGAGGUCUUGGAUACCGCCCGAGGCUGUAGGCAACAUGUACAUAUUGUCUUCUCGACAGCAGUUGCUCCUUCCGGUCCUUUGCUGCAAAGGGGACCCAGAUUACAUCGAUCUAUAUUGGACUCGUCAUUUACACCCUAUGCUUUACAUCAGUUCGUGCAAUGGAUCUUAGUGGCCAAGUCUUCUCCAAAAUGGACGUGAAAGAAAGAGCAAGAGUGGUUGACGAUAUCUUAGAGAAAAUAAAUGUUCUCCCUGAGGAUGAGAAGCUGCAGGAUAGGAAAGAUUGGGGAGAGUUUAAAGAGAAGACUGAAGAGAUGAAUUCUAAUGCGAUAAAAACCGCCAAGAGUCUCCGAGCAAUAGCUGAUAGACUUGAUCAGGCGUGGUGGAACUACAAGGCCAAGCAUGCCGCUGGAACCGCUGCGUGUGUAGCAGGAGGAUUUCUGUCAUUAAUGAAUGAAGGCGCAGUACCCCUAGCUUUCUCAGCUGCUGGAGCUGUAGUAAACAUAAGGGCCAGUACCGAAGAAGUUGCCAUACGUUUCGCGGAAAUCAAGGCGGCCGAAAAGCUCAUAAGUGAGACCAGACACAACUACAACGCCUUGAAGAAAAUGAUUCAUAAUUGGUCAGUCACGAAAGAAAGAACACGGCUCAUUUACAUUUAUGGCCUUGCCAAAACCCAUAAGGUGGCUAACCCUCAGGUUUUGACUAUUCUACGUGACUUGGUUUUGUACUCCGUGGGGAUGCCUCCAGGGGCAAGUGAAGCGGUAAAUUUUCUUGAAACGGCAGCGUUGAAUUCGGGUGCAAAAGCUGCUCUUCAAGGUGGUGCUGAAGAAGCAGCAAAGGCAGGAACACAAGCAACUGAUGACGUACUUCAAGCCGGCGCAAAAACCUCAACACAGGAGGUAUCAAAGAGUGGAGCACAAGCUGCAGAUGAUCUGGUGGAAGCAGGUUCUAAAACAGUUGGAAAAUUCCCAAAGAACUUCGUUGUUUUCGCAAACACUGCCUUUUUAGUGUGGGAUGCCAUAGACCUGGGCUUCACGAUCAACGAUCUUGUUAUAAACAAAGGAUCUGAAGCGGCCAAAGAUCUAAGGGAAAAGGCCAAGGAGAUUGAAGAUGCUUUUAACUUGUAGUAUAGGAACAGUUCGAACUGACUCCAACGUUUAAAAUUAACAGUUCCUUACAAAUGGAAACUUCAAUUUUUUUUUCUUUCCAUUAUAUCGAAUACACUGAUUUUGUAGUUUGACCUAUUUUGUUGUAUUUUAAAAGAAAAACAAAAAGCUUGGUAACAACUUUAUUCGGUGUUAUAUUUAGAUGUCAAGGGAAAAGUGAUCAACAGGACGCUUAAAUCUCAGACUGAUUUUUUAUUUUAGGCAGUGUUAGAUUGCUGGUUCUAGGAUCCCAUUUAAGUGGCAAGUAUUUGAAGUUAGAAAACAAUUGUCUCAAGUGCCUUGUGCUGCAGACCCCACUACCGCUGGAAUAUCGGGAAUAUGCCUGAAAUUAAUUAAUUAAUUAAAAUAACCUAAUUUUAUGGUAAGUGGUGCGCAGAGUAAUGAUUAUCUUUCGAAGUAUUUGUGAAGAGAGUAAAGAGAAUAAAUCCCAUGCAGACAAAAGGCUCAAGACUUUCACCCAGCUUUUGAAGAAAUGACAAGCGCAUCAACCCUUACUUACGCAAGGUAUCAGAUCAUGAUACAGUUAUAUCCUAUGAACACAACAUAUUUUCUACACCCAAGAGCACAUGCAAUUGAACCACACUGAUACUUUAGGUCUUUAGGUCUUUAUUGAAUAUACAAGUAAAAAUAGAUACCUAUAUUUACAUGUUUAAAUUAUUAAUUAAAAGUUAAAAAGCGGAAGCAUAUUUAAAAAACAGUCUAUUAAUAUAACUAGCUUUGAAACGUUCUGUGCUGACACAAGGUAGUAGGCUCGUUUGAGUUCUCAAACGUUUAGAAGAUUCUUUAACUUUGGGCAACAAACUGUACAGCGGAUGAGUAGGCAGGCAACUAAUCCUCUGUGAGAUCCUCUGUUUUCUCAAGCAAAUCAUAUAUAUCUAUAGCAUAGGAUAUAAAACUGCGUUUAUGACAUCUACGAUGGCACCGCUGCACAGUAUUAAGUUCAGGCACUGAGGCUGCAUACACUGGUAAACCAUACGAGAUUUUAGGUAAAACUAAAGACUGAAACAGAUGAUCAAUUUCCGCUUGGUUAUCCUUCCUUCCUUAAGCUCCUUAACACAUAGAGGCACUUAUUCGCUUCGGAGAGUUUUCGUUUAAUGUGCUCAGUAACAAAUAGAGAUGUAGCGCAACAAGCAACUGUCAAACUGUCUCGAAAAAUGAUGCAAGUCAAGAACUACCAGCAUAACAGAGAAGUUGGUGAUAGCAUGUAAAACUCACUUAAGGUAUUAAAAUUUGGAACAGUCAA